AUGCGUUUAGUUUUUCUGUUCUUACUUUAUAUUCCGUUAUGUUUUGGAGAAAAGAAGCCUAAAGUUGCUAGAGUUACUUCGGUAGAACAGUUAGAGUCAGUGCUCAAAGCCAGGCAUAAUGUCUUAGUCUACUAUCAUUUGGAAAAAGCCUCUUUAGGGAACACUUUAAUUGAUCUGGCUGAAGAAGUUCAGGGAACAGCUAUUGUGGCAUUCAUCUACUGUGACUCUCAAGACGGCCAUGUAGUUUGCGAAGAAAUGGGUGUCAAAGCGAAUCCUUUUGUACUUCGGCAUUAUUACCGUGGUGUCUUCAACUUGGAUUAUAAUCGAGAGAUCUCUGUCGACAGCUUGAAGAAAUUCUUACUGAAUCCACUAGAAGAAAUCCCCUGGUCAGAGCAGCUUGGUGCUGACAAUGUCGUCCAGAUUGAAUCCGAGGACGACUUCAUUAAGUGUCUGAAUGGAAAGAAACAGACCCUCUUCUUCUUCUAUACUCCUGAUAAUACCGAUUGCCGAAAAUUAAUCCCUAUUUGGAAUGAUCUGGCCGAUAAGUAUGAAAACCGCUUUCAAUUCGCGGCUAUAAACAUGAAGAACAAACUAAAUGCUCCGAUGGGUAAAGUUUAUCAGAUCAAAAAGUAUCCUAGUCUGCAGUAUUUCGAAGACGGAGUUCACAUGUUUGCCUACGAGGGGAAACUUGAUGCGAAUUCAAUAGCUGAAUGGAUCAAAAAACCGAAACGUUCUGAUGUACAAGCACACUCAAGUGAUCCGAGAGACCAUUGGGAGAAUCAACCCGACUCUUUGGUCAAUCAUCUGUCUGAAGAUUCUUUCGAAGACUUCAUAGAUGAUCAUUCUAAAGUACUGGUAGUCUUCCAUGCUCCAUGGUGUGGAUUUUGUAAAAAACUCCAGCCUGUGAUUGAAAAUGUCGCUAGAAAAGUGAAUGCUGAACGGCAUGAUAUAGUAAUCGCUGCUAUUGAUGGAUCAAAGAAUGAAAGAACGAGGAAGAAAUAUUCCAUCGACGGCUAUCCAAAGAUUAAAUAUUUUAAGAACGGAAAAGUAAAGUCAGAAAUCAAAGAACGACUCGAAGAACAAAUCAUGAGAUGGAUAAGAAACCCUUCAAAAUCACCUGCAGUAAUGGAGGACUGGAGCAAGGAAAGUAAAGAUGUUCAUUUCUUGAACGAAAAAAAUUGGGAACAAGUUGAGGAUAAACAGCAUUCAUUCAUCAUGUUCUAUGCUCCAUGGUGUGGACAUUGCAAAUCAACUAAGCCUAUCUGGCAGGACAUCGCAGCUGUUUUGAAAAGACAAUCUCAGUUUUUCAUUGGAGCUGUCGAUUGCACUAUUCAUAAGCGAUUGUGCCAGAAGGAAAAGGUCGGAGCAUAUCCCUCGUUCAAAUACUAUUUUUAUGGCGAAUUAAGAGACACCUAUAGGCAGGGGCGUACUCAGGCUGCCUUUAUUGAGUAUCUCCAAAGUAAAGAAACUCUCGUAUUAGGACAUGAAGAAUUGUAG